CAAAAAAGAAAAAAAAGCAGAAUCAACUUUUUUACGAAAGUCAUCACGAUGGCGUCCAACGCAAAUGUUUCCACAUAUUUAUCAACUCAAAAGAAAACUACAAAUAAAGAAUUAGCAUCCGAAUGGACAACAAUUGAAGAUCUUUAUAAUGAAAAACUUUGGAAUGAACUUACAAUCAAAUUGAUUAAAUUUAUUCGUCAUGAAUCUCUCCAGGAUGAGGAUUCACUAUUACAAUUGUAUCAGAACUUCAUAUCGUCGUUUGAAAUGAAAAUCAAUCCUUAUGGCUUGGUUGAAAUGCUAGAAGUUGUUGUUGAGCAUAUUGCAGAUAAAAAAGAAGCAAUUGCAUUUUUAGAAAAACUCAAAGACAAAGUCAAAAUCUGCGAUGAAGCUAUUUGGUAUAUUCAGGUUCUUCAAGGUAAUAUCUAUCUGACAAACCUUAAAGAUUUGGAAGCAACUAAAAAGAUCAUCGAGGAACUGAGAGAAGUUCUCGAAGAAGCUGGAAAUGUUACUCCAGUUCAUGGAAAGUACUAUCUUUUAGCUUCUCAAUAUUAUGGACGUGUUGGCCAACACAGUGAUUAUUAUCGUUGUGGUCUGCAGUUCUUGGGAUGUUCUCUAGAAAAUUAUCCCAAAGAGGAAUGGGCUCAACAGGCUUUCUUUCUGGGAUUGGCUGCUCUUUUGGGUGAUGGAGUCUACAAUAUUGGAGAACUUCUUGCUCAUCCCAUUUUGGAAUCACUUAAAGGAACUGAAAAUGAAUGGGUCGUGGAACUUCUUAAAGCAUUCAAUUUUGGUGACAUUGAAAAAUUCAAUUCAAUGAAACCAGUUUGGAGUAAAAUUCCAGACUUGGCUGAUAAGGAGAUUAAACUUCGUCAAAAAAUCUCUUUAUUGUGUUUAAUGGAAAUGACAUUCAAACGAUCGGCUAUACAAAGAGCGAUUUCUUUUGAAGACAUUGCAAAAGAAACUCAAUUACCAAUCAAAGAAGUUGAACUUUUGGUAAUGAAGGCUUUAGCACAGGGACUAGUUCGUGGAGAAAUUGAUGAAGUUGCAGGAGUAGUUAAUAUGUCUUGGGUGCAACCACGAGUUCUCGACCGAAAACAGAUUGCGAAUAUGGCAACAACAUUAGACGUUUGGAUGCAAUCGAUUACUUCAAUGGAAAAACUAAUGGAACUGCGAGCUGCAGAUAUACUUACGAAUUAAUUAAAUCCAUUUUCAUUUGUCCCAUAAAUUUUUUUUAAACAAAAAUUAUAUAAAAAGAAAAAAUACUGUAAGCCAAUUUGCAUUCGAAACAAAUUACAAAAAAAA